UGCCAUUUGAGAUGACAGGACUUCAUUUAAGUUUCAAAGGAUCGUAUAUAUGCAAAUGGACAACAAGAACAAUUGUCAACAUGUUCCUUUCCUGGGGCGCAAUUGAAGAAGACUACAAUUCCCGGCAUCCAUGGAGAGUGACGUUUAAUACCGGCGUCGACAUCAAGGGCCGAAGUGGACCCGAGAGCGGCAGCGUGAGCAUGGCAACAGCUGAAGGGACGCAGAAACCUGUCCUGGAAGUGGUCCAAGCAGAAGGUUGUGAUGAUUCCAGCGUUACAUUUGUGUUGCAUGAUGAGGACCACACACUUGGGAAUGCACUACGGUAUAUGAUUAUGAAGAACCCAGAAGUAGAAUUUUGUGGCUACAGCAUCACUCAUCCAUCAGAAAGCAAAAUUAACUUCAGAAUUCAAACAAGAGGUGGAAUUCCAUCUGUAGAGCCUUUUCGCAAGGGUCUCAAUGAACUAUUGACUGUCUGUCAACAUGUGCUGAAUACAUUUGAGGUCAGUAUUAAGGAAUAUAAAGAGCAACAUAAACAAGAAGAAGCAAUGGAUCAAUUGUGAUAAGCCACAUAGUUUUAUGAUGCUGUAUAUUUUUAUAUUUUGAAAAAUAAACAUUAAAAACAUUAAAA